AUGUUCUUCAAAUCAUUGCAACAACAUCUCCGAUGGGUGCAAACUCAGCGUGUCCUGGGAGAUCAGAUAGGGGACCCUCUGACCCUGACGAAUGGAAUUUUGAAGCCUUCGGAGGACGCGCGCGGGUGGGGAUUGAAAUUGGGUUUUGAUGGCGUGGCACCCACGAGGGCCCGUAUGAACUACCCACCUAGCAACCUUGUGCAUAUCCUGGGACCCUGGGACCCUGUUGCUGAUUCUAUGGGUUCUGAACCAGCUAUGCGUCAGAGGACGGUUAUUUUCCCCCGUUCCGACAAAGAUAUCUCUGGAUGUCACCGACUCCGAAGGACUAGAACGAAUGAAAUGAUUAUCGAACGGCUGCAGAUGUGGUGCGGUGUGGGCCCGCCGACUUCCUCCGUACGAGCGCAAUUGGACAUCCAACGCACGAUAAGCAUAGCCGUCUAUAUUCCAUCCACCGUGCACUGGCUCCUGUACGUUGAUCGUGGCACCGACGUCUCCGGUUGGAAUUCAACUCCGCCACACCUCCGACGAGAAGAUUGCAUCGCGAUUUGUCUCCCCCAGAACAUUAGUUGGUCCACGGCCAACAUUAACCAAGGAAGCUCCCAACACUCCUUUCGCGCUGAGGGUGGGUCGACCAGAGCCGGAACCUCCCGAAAAUUGUACGAAGAGCUAAAAGUCCGAUAG